GGGCCCGAGUCGGCCGCUGGGGGCCCGCGGUCGCUGAGCGGCCCGGGCUGGCGGCGGUUUCCGGUUCAGCGCGGCUGGCGGGCGGGCGGCCCGGAGCGGUGGCGGCGGCGCCCGACAGACAAUGAGGGCUGUGGGGCGGCGCUGAGCGGCGGCGGCGGCGGGAGCGACGCGGGCCCGGGGGCGGGGCGGGCGCCAGCCAUGGACAAUCAGUGCACUGUCCAGGUGAAGUUAGAGCUGGGGCACCGUGCCCAGCUGCGCAAGAAGCCCACCACUGAGGGCUUCACCCAUGACUGGAUGGUCUUCGUACGUGGCCCUGAGCAGUGUGACAUCCAGCACUUCGUGGAGAAGGUCAUCUUCCGACUUCAUGACAGCUUCCCCAAACCCAAGCGUGUGUGCAAGGAGCCCCCCUACAAAGUGGAGGAAUCGGGCUAUGCAGGUUUCAUCAUGCUCAUCGAAGUGUACUUCAAAAACAAGGAGGAACCGAGGAAGGUCUGCUUCACCUACGACUUGUUCCUCAACUUGGAGGGCAACCCUCCUGUCAACCACCUGCGCUGCGAGAAGCUCACCUUCAACAAUCCUACCACAGAGUUUCGCUGCAAGCUGCUCAUGGCUGGCGGGGUGAUGGUAAUGCCCGAAGGAGUGGACACGGUGUCCAGGCCCAGCCCCGACUACCCCAUGUUACCCACAAUUCCACUCUCUGCCUUCUCUGACCCCAAGAAGAACAAACCGUCCCACGGCUCCAAGGACGCCAACAAAGAGAGUGGUAAGGCGUCCAAACCUCACAAGGUGGCCAGGGAGCACCGCGAGCGGCCGCGCAAGGACUCAGAGAGCAGGAGCUGCUCCAAGGAGCCAGAGCGCGAGCCCAAGAGUGCCAAGGACGCUGUGCGCAAGCUGCCCAAGGAGGAGAAGGCCCCAGCACCCAAGGCUGCCUUCAAGGAACCCAAAAUGGCCCUAAAGGAGACAAAGCUGGAAAGCCUGUCCCCCAAGGGGGCACCCCAGCCCCCUACCCUGCCCAAGGCCUCCAGCAAGCGGCCUGCUGCCACAGACUCACCGAAGCCCAGUGCCAAAAAACCUAAGAAGAGCGGAUCAAAGGGGACACGGCGUGCCCCUGGCACCUCACCCCGCGCCUCCUCCUCCUUCCCUGACAAGAAGGUGCCCAGGGACAAGAGCAGCAGCAAAGGUGACAAGGGGAAGGCAGACAGUGAGGCUCGGGAGGCCAAGCGGACCCAGCAGGCUGAGGACUCAAACUCAGAGGAUGAGGCCUCCUUCCGAUCAGAGUCGGCCCAGUCGAGCCCAGCCAACGCCAGCUCCAGCUCUGACUCCAGCUCCGACUCAGACUUUGAACCAUCUCAGAACCACAGCCAAGGCCCCCUGCGCUCCAUGGUGGAGGAUCUGCAGUCUGAGGAGUCGGAUGAGGAUGACUCGUCGUCAGGAGAGGAGACCACUGUCAAGGCCAAUCCAGGCCGAGAGUCCAGGCUGAGCUUCAGCGACAGUGAAAGUGACAAUAGUGCUGACUCCUGCCUGCCUGGCCGCGAGCCCCCGCACCCGCAGAAGCCACCUCCUCCCAGCAGCAAGGUUUCUGGCCGGAGGAGCCCCGAGCCCUGCAGCAAACCUGAAAAGAUUCUGAAGAAGGCUACCUAUGAUAAGGCUUACACAGACGAGCUGGUGGAGCUGCACCGGAGGCUGAUGGCUCUGCGUGAGCGCAAUGUGCUGCAGCAGAUUGUCAACCUGAUUGAGGAGACUGGUCACUUCAACGUCACCAACACCACCUUCGACUUUGACCUUUUCUCCUUGGACGAGAGCACCGUUCGCAAGCUGCAGAGCUGCCUGGAGGCCGUGGCCACAUGACCCCGGCCACCACUGUGGAGCCACGACAGGCCGACAAUACUCUCCACCAGGCGUUCUGCAGCCUCCAAGCCUUUGGUCAGAAGGCCCUGGCAUCGUGGCAGCUGUCGGCAUCCACAGGGAAUGUGCCAGGGUCACAAACAGCCUCAGCCCAGGGUACCGUUCUUCCUCUUGCGGUCACCAGUGGCCCAGCCCUCUUGAUACCCUGGGCCUCAGUGUCCAGCCCUUCCAGAUGCUUCCGGGGCCCUCCUGGAAGCACCCACCCAUCUCAGUUACCUCCUCUGGCCAGAAGGCCACACCACUGUCCUCCAGAGCCACUCUGGGGCCCAUACUGGCUGUCUGGAAGCCUAACGAAGCAGCUUGCACCCAGAGCCCUGAGGGCUCUAGGGACCGGUCCAUAGGAAGGGGUGGCACCAGGACCACCCCCAUCCCGAGUCCCUGUGCUGCAGCCUCCUGAACCAGCUCACCACACUGGGUGCAAAGGUAUUGGAUACCUGUCCCUCCCCAGGGCUUCACAAGACAUGUCUCCAGGAAUAGACAUGUCACCGGCCCAGACGAGCCCUGGACAGAGGGACAAAGAGAGCCGUAUUUGUAAUGAGCUGCAGGGCUGUUUGUCCCGCAUUUUAAACUUUUUGUUAAAUUGUGAAAUUAUGGAGGAGUUUUAUAGAAAAUAAAGUGAGAUGGGAGUA